CAACCGCCUCCCGGGCCGCCGCCCCUCCGGCCUCGGCCUGCAGCGCGGACCCCGCUUCCUUUGCGGAUCUGAAUUAUUGUCUUGGCCUCCUCCUCCUUCCCCCUUGAGAUUACGGUGCUGCGAGACCGACCCCGUCGCCUCGGCCCGGUGCGAGGCUCUGCGCCUCUGCCGCUGCUCAUCUUGUCCUCAUCUCCUCGCAGAGACCCCGAUCCACCUGCCUCCCUGCCAGGGUGGCCCGACGGUGACGGCGGAGGGCUGGACCGCACGCUGAGAGUGCCCUGCCCAGGCUGCCCCUCCACCCGCCGCUCUCUUGUGUUCUGAGCUCUCUGGAAAGAGAGAAGACGCAGGGGAAGAUGUGGCUGAAGCUUUUUUUCUUGCUCCUCUAUUUUCUGGUCCUGUUCGUCCUGGCUAGGUUUUUUGAGGCCAUUGUGUGGUAUGAAACUGGCAUCUUUGCCACCCAGCUGGUGGAUCCGGUGGCGCUGAGCUUCAAGAAGCUGAAGACCAUUCUGGAGUGCCGGGGGCUAGGCUACUCGGGGCUGCCCGAGAAGAAGGAUGUCCGGGAGCUGGUGGAAAAGUCAGGUGACUUGAUGGAGGGUGAGCUGUAUUCUGCACUCAAGGAAGAGGAAGCAGCUGAAUCUGUUUCUAGUACCAAUUUCAGUGGUGAAAUGCACUUCUAUGAGCUUGUAGAAGACACAAAAGAUGGCAUCUGGUUGGUUCAGGUCAUAGCAAACGACAGAAGUCCCUUGGUGGGUAAAAUCCACUGGGAGAAAAUGGUGAAAAAGGUGUCAAGAUUUGGAAUACGUACAGGCACUUUUAACUGUUCCAGUGACCCCAGAUACUGCAGGAGAAGAGGCUGGGUGCGAUCCACACUCAUUAUGUCUGUUCCACAAACGAGUACUUCUAAAGGGAAAGUCAUGCUUAAAGAAUACAGUGGACGCAAGAUUGAAGUAGAGCACAUUUUUAAGUGGAUAACUGCUCAUGCAGCUUCUCGGAUCAAAACCAUUUAUAAUGCUGAACAUUUGAAAGAAGAAUGGAAUAAAAGUGAUCAAUAUUGGGUAAAGAUAUACCUAUUUGCAAACCUUGACCAACCCCCAGCUUUCUUCUCUGCACUAAGUAUAAAGUUUACUGGAAGAGUUGAGUUUAUUUUUGUUAAUGUGGAAAAUUGGGACAACAAGAGUUAUAUGACAGAUAUUGGUGUAUAUAACAUGCCAUCAUACAUACUGAGAACUCCUGAAGGAAUUUAUAGAUAUGGAAACCACACAGGCGAAUUUAUAUCCCUUCAGGCCAUGGAUUCAUUUUUGCGCUCAUUACAACCUGAAGUCAAUGAUCUGUUUGUUUUGAGCUUGGUUCUAGUUAAUCUUAUGGCAUGGAUGGACUUGUUUAUCACACAAGGAGCAACCAUAAAGCGAUUUGUGGUUCUCAUAAGCACUUUAGGGACAUAUAAUUCUCUAUUAAUUAUUUCCUGGCUACCUGUGUUGGGCUUUUUACAGCUCCCUUACUUAGAUAGCUUUUAUGAAUAUAGCUUAAAAUUGUUGAGAUAUUCCAAUACAACCACACUGGCUUCAUGGGUGAGGGCAGACUGGAUGUUCUAUUCUUCACACCCGGCCCUGUUUCUCAGUACGUACCUUGGACAUGGUUUACUAAUUGAUUACUUUGAGAAGAAGAGACGGCGAAACAACAACAAUGACGAAGUCAAUGCCAAUAACUUAGAAUGGUUAUCAAGUCUGUGGGACUGGUACACCAGCUACCUCUUCCACCCGAUUGCUUCUUUUCAGAACUUUCCUGUAGAAUCUGAUUGGGACGAAGACCCUGAUUUGUUCUUGGAGCGGUUAGCUUUCCCUGACCUUUGGCUUCACCCUCUGAUACCAACUGAUUAUAUAAAAAACUUGCCAAUGUGGCGAUUUAAAUGCCUUGGAGUCCAGUCUGAAGAGGAAAUUUCGGAGGGUCCUCAAGAUAUUGAGAAUGACUCAGACAGCGAGAGCACAGACACUUUUAGCAGUGAGAAGGAAGUAUUUGAAGAUAAACAAAGCGUAGUUCACAAUUCUCCAGGAAGAGCAAGUCUCUGUGAUGCUGAGGCUUGUUCAUGUGCCAAUAAAUAUUGUCAGACCAGCCCAUAUGAAAGGAAGGGGAGGUCGUAUGGAUCAUAUAACACUAAUGAAGAUAUGGAACCAGAUUGGUUAACUUGGCCUGCUGAUAUGCUGCACUGUACUGAAUGUGUUGUUUGCCUAGAGAAUUUUGAAAAUGGAUGUUUGCUAAUGGGGUUGCCUUGUGGUCAUGUGUUCCAUCAGAAUUGCAUUGUGAUGUGGUUGGCUGGGGGCCGACACUGUUGCCCUGUUUGCCGGUGGCCUUCUUAUAAAAAAAAGCAGCCAUAUGCACAACACCAGCCCUUGUCAAAUGAUGUCCCAUCUUAACCAUGUGCAAUUUGUCCUUUAUAAGCUUUGAGUAUCUUACAGCUUGCCUUUUUAAUGUUAGUCACAAUGUUGUUGUGGUUUGAAGUUUAGUUUAAUGUUAAUGCAGUGACAGGAAAUACACAUUAUGCUAAUGUUGAUGACAAUUAUUUGGUUGCCUUGUGUGUCAAUUGAAUGCAUACUUAAUUGUAAAAAUUUUUAUUUACAACAUUGGAAAUUCAGACAUUAAUGUUUUUUGUAAGCACAAAAGAAGUAUGAUAGAAAUUUAUCCUAGCAAGACUUUACAAGUUAGGAUCAAAUUCUAAUGGAAUUGAGGCCGUUUCUUUUCCUAAAUGUUUCCUCCCUUUUUACAAUCUCUGUCCAGCACCUCUUGGUUAAAUAAUGUAUGCUCUGAGACAUGAAAUUAAAACAGACCUAUGAAAUAAAUUAUUUUAAAAUGAGACUA